AUGACGAAGCUUCCUGGUGUCGCCGCCGUUGCAUGCGUUGUCCACACUCUCAUCGGCGCGAUCACCGCCACGCGAUUGAAUGCCGCCGCGGCCGGUCCGCGAGCCCUGCUCAACGAUGUUCGCGCGAUCGUGGCAGAAACAUUCCCCAGGAAUGCAUGCUCCGAAUACGAGACGGCUCUAGUAGGCGCCUCGCCUGAAUCUCGCAGCUUUGGCCUGGAUGCCGUCAAGCUUGAGGAGGCACUUCCCACGGCUGGUCCAGCAAAGCGAGAGUCGCCGAACUGGGACCGCUAUGGUCCUCCUGCUCCACAGGUCCCAAUCAGACUGGUGGAAUAUCCAAAAGUUUCCAGCAAGCUUCUGAAGGAUAUUGAUGGUUCUCACGAUGAGUUCUCCAUGUCCGAGGAUUUGGGUCAUCCGCCUGGUUGCGCCUGUACGAAUCAUCUCGCAUAUGCCGUCGCCAUGGUUCUCUCUUCAUAUUUUCGUGAGAAACGAUGCGUGGAGCGUUGCGUCUUCACGCUCAUCCAGUCCAAAUUCAAACGUAUGCAUAAGGUAUUGUGGGAUGUGGCCGCGACGACGUACACACUCACGGAGGCUGUGAGGGGUCAUGUUCCAAGCGACAAUCCGAUCCAGCUCGCUCAGUGCACAGAUCCGGGCAGUGCUGGUUGCUACAAUAUCUUCUAUUCCAACGUUGCUGGGAACAGUCGUAUGCUUCACAAGUUGGACUUCGUUCCAGGCACGCAAGAGGCGUCACAAUUGCGCGACGCUACUGCUUCGGAUGGAAAAUCAGAGCCCAUGAAAGCACAAGCCCAUGGCACCUACGUCUUCUACGAUGGUGAUCCAGACGUGCAGAUUGCAAUGGGCUUCAACGAUGAUUUUCCCAAGAAGGUGGCCACUGCCGUCAGCGAAGAUGCGAUCUACAGCAAGCCUGCAGUAUCGUGUCUCAGCUUGCUCGAUGAGGACUCUCAAAAACCAGGAGUAGUCGGUAUGCUGAUAGUAUCGCCUAGUCAGCCUUCGGAUGACUCUUUGGGAAACCUCGUUUCGUGGGCGGAAGAAUGCAGCAGCCAGCUGGUGCCCUCCGCAUAA